ACCGCCGUGACGCCGCAUUUUAAUCAGUCGAUCCUUUUGUGGGUUCUUGAAAUUAAAGUGUCAGCCAGUUUAGCGACUUCCAUCGCUUCAGUUAGGUUUAUUCGCUGAGACUGAGUUGGUCAUGAUUUGUUGAUCCUAGUAGAAUUAAAAUUAAAAACGCUCGCUCACUUCGCUCGCUCGCUUGAUUAGAUCUCUAAACCUUUUGGUUUGAGAUAAAGUGUGUCGGCGAAAUUCGUCCAUUCUCCUGGAAUCUCAAAAGAGUUUGCGUUGUCGUUUUUAUCCAUCCCGUCCGUCGUUCUCCGGUUUAAAGAUGAAUGAUCUGGUAAAGAUCCUAGUCGGUGGAUUCCUCCUAUCAACAGUGUCCGCGGUAUUUAAUCCGGAUACCGACAUCGUAUUCACACCCUGGACACCGACCGGCAUAAAAUAUGUCCAGCAGAAUUCCACCGUGGAAGUCAAAUGUUCAGCCAUGAGCAAUCGGAUGUUAUUUGUCGCCAAUAGUACUCUGGAAAGUAAUAGCACCGCUAAGUUCCGAUUUGAUGCGCCUUCAAUGGAGCUGCCGGGUGAUGACGGGAAAACGCACCGCUGCUCGCCGAUGGCCUCCGCCAAGAUUGAACAUUUUGGCGCGGAGAAUGUGGGUAAUUAUACCUGCUUGGUGACGAUUGCCGGGAAAGUCGAGGGCCACCGAAGUGUCUUCAUCAAUUACUUCCCCAGCCUGAAUUUAUCUGGAACACCGGAAGUCGUGUCUAGUCAUCUCGGAGCCGACAUGGUGGAGCUGGUGUGCAGCACGCCGACGGUGCCCCACUGGGCGUCGGGCGGGGUCACCGUGUACUGGCAGUUUCCCAACGGGACCAACAUCACCACGACUCAUGAACUGGUCCCCAAAUAUGCCGCUAACGGUUUGACGCUGACCAUCACCAACGUGUCGCGGACCGACGCUGGAGCGUACAAGUGUAUCGCCUACCAGGUGGUGCCCAACGCCAGCGACGACGGCAGCGAUCACAUCGAUGUGGCGUCGCGGAUGAUUACGUUGGCCGUCGAACGUGCUCCUGAGUUUUUUGAAUCCCUGACCAAAGUACAGCGUGGUGCCGACAAUAUGGUCAAUCUGACGUGCGACGCCGUCACAGGCGGCGCGGUGGAUCCCGUAUUUACCUGGUCCCGCAACGGAACGGAACUGCGCGAACUGGACGACAAGAACGCGCCGCCCUGCACACACCGCAGCUGCCCCAUUCCGUUCAAUGAGGACCAUUCGCUGUUUGACGAUAUCCGCUGCACAGCCACGAAUGCUUUUGGUGAAGCGUCCAAAGCCUUCAGAAUCAUCGAUGGCGUCAGAACGGCUACCAGCAUGGACGCCGUCCACCCGCCCGCUGGCCAGACCGGUCUCGUGCCGACUGUCCCGGGAGUCAACGUGGAAAUACAGCCGAGCGCCGCGGCGGGUCUCGGAAUGCAGGCAGCGCUCGUGGCCCUUAUCGCCCUGUUUGUUGUGUGUGUGUAGAUUGUGGAAACUGGAAUGUGUAUGUGUGUUGAUGGGUUUGCGGUUUUCCUUGUUUAAAUGACGGUUUUCAUCGCGCUUGAUAUGAAUCACAGACGUUCCAUGAUGUCCUUAGAUUUGUUGGUACGUUUCAGCUUUUUGGUUUGACGCUUUACAAGGUUUCUAUGGGGAUUUCUCUCGAAUUCUGUGAAUCUUGAUUAUUAUAUUGGUGUCGUUGCAUUAUUUAUCAGAUGUGCUGUGCAAAAGCGGAAUUCGGAGUUAACCUUCAUUAAAAUAAU